CUGGGACUCUGAGAUACGGACUCUGUACCCUCAUCUUAUCUACAGAGACUGGCGGUAACACACGUCAGGGGCUUAACACUUUCAAUUCUCCUUUGACAUUAAGGAGCUCGCCUGGCUCAUUAACAAAGCUUGUUUGCAAACUAAUGACUUCUGGUUAGUCCAGCGUGUUGGUGGUACCAGUAUCCAACCACCAUGGGAUAAGAAGGCCGCUGUCUGAAGGCCUGGAGUGCAAGAUACAAUGCUUAGACCGCUGCCUUCUGCAGAGAAAGAAAACAUUCGCACUGCUGGAACAUAAGGACGUUAGUGAGAUAAAAGCUGAUGGACGGUGAAAGAAAGACCUGGACACUGAUCACUGUACUCCUGUGCUUAGUAACAGAUUAUGGGUCAUGCUCCGAAAUUCUACAAGGUCCUCAGAAUGUUACUGUCCUGACGGGCUCUAGUGCCAGCUUCACGUGCACGGUAAAGGAAGGAUGGCAAAGUGUUUCGUGGUAUCUAGCAGACAUCUUUGUUGUCAGUAUCACACACGCAGGGACUACUGUGAGUAGCAAUAACAUAAAUGCACGGAAUAGCACAAAUAGCGUCAAUGGAGCCUUUACCUCGGAGAUAACAAUUAUCAACGCCAACAAAAAUAACUCCGGAACAGUACGAUGCAGCAGCCUCUCUGCGUCAUUUCAGGACGCCUACCUCACUGUACAGGUUAAUGGAUCUGUUCAGAUAACCAAUGGGAGCGUCACGGUGAAACCAAACACCAAUAUAAGCAUGGUCUGCAAUGCCUCGGGGUGGUUUCCAGCUCCUGCCAUCACUUGGAAAAUGAACAAUACUUUAGCGAGUAAUUUAUAUUACUUCACGGACUACGCUACAGGGGCAGACAGUGCUGUAAGCACUUUUACCAUCAACCCAGAUGGAGAUAUGAAUUUAACCUGCCUGGCCUCAAUAUCCACGCUGAAUGAGCCGCAGUCUGCAACGGUCAAUGUGGCAGUACGUGAACAAAUCCAAGGGAGCAGCUCGUCCCUGACUCAGACGGACAUAAUACUCAUCGCUGUCUUUUGUUCCAUCGGAGGCUUACUGCUGCUGAUUGUCAUUAUCACAAUUAUAGUGAUAUGUUGUUGCAAAAAGAAAGACAGAGAGUCCAGCUAUCAAAGUGAUGCACGGAAAGCUCCAGACAGGAAUGGCAGGAAUCUGAGAAGCUUCGAGAGAGACCACUUCGGAGAAAAUAAUUUUGGAUAUACACCAGAACCUACAGCAGUAGAACAAAGUUUUCAUUCCAAUGAUGCUACCAACUCGGUUUACAAUGAAGUAAUGCCUACCUUUGAAGCCUAUACCUCACAGGAAAUAGCCUAUAACCCAUCGGAAAGAGCCUAUACCCCACAGGAAAGAGCAUAUGCCCCACCGGCAAGACCAUAUACUCCACAGGUCCCUGUGCGUGACUGGACUGAUGAAUCUCUGAAACAAAUCAGACACGUAACUCAUGUGUAAUACAGUUGUCGUGUAUUAAUCAGUGUUUUGCUGUAAUCAAUGAAGAAUCUAUUGCACUUACCUGACCUUUUCGACAGGUGUCACAUCCUCAAUAGACAGGCGCAGCCAACAUGGUUCGAUAAUAUCAGAAUAUGGGAAUCUGCCGGGAAAUAUAUCGUUUCACAAAAGUGCAAGAUCUGAAAAUAUAGAGUCUAUGUGAUUAUAUUUGGGGAGUAGUGAUGUCACUCCUUUAAAAAUAUAACUUAUAUUUGGGGAGAAGCGAUGGCACCUGUAAUUCAUGGAGUUUAUUGAUGGAAUGCAUAACUGACAGCAAAGAUAAAAAACACCUAUAUAUGAGGAUACAUAUAAAGGGAAUCUAUGUGCUAUACAGAGCCACAAAUACUACAAGACGGAACACCAGUAGAACACAUAACUACCAAUCAUAUUUUAAUAUGCAAGAUUGCUACAAGAUGAGACCUGGCUGGUUGCUAUGUGGUGCAUCACGCCAUAGCCCUGUGCUUCAUGUUAAGUCAACCUUGGGUGUAGCCAGAUUAUGGUGGGGGCGCAGGGCAUACUGCACCCCAGGCCCCCCUCUGUCAGGGGGCCCCCUGGCCAGAACACAGUGACAACACUAGCUCUUUCUCUUGUGCAGCAGCAGAACCAGGCAGCCAGAAUGUGUACAGGACAGUACACAGUGCAGGCAGAGACACAGGAGUAUUAGGUUUCAUGAGCUACCAACGGACCAAGGAAU